GUAACUCUUAACACUAUGUACUCCUGUUACCCCGACGGUAUGGAUGUCAACUGUGCACAUGGUGGAGUUAAGAAGGCAAAUGGUGAUUGCUUCUGCGUGGAACCAUUCACAGGGAGUAGUUGUGAAGAAGUCGACCCAGCAUUGGGACUUAUUGUAUAUAUUGAGGGUGAAUCGUUUAUCGAAUCGCCCAACUUUCCCGGGAAUUACCCCGUCAAUGAGAAGGCGUUCGUUGUCUUGCAGUGCCCAGCAGGAAAACGUGUGAGCAUCAAAUUCCUUGCAUUCCAAGUCGAACAGUACGGCACGGGAUGUGGCUACGAUUGGGUUGAUAUUCGCAUCGAAGAUGGACAAAUCUACGGUAUCAAAUAUGCGGAAAUGAUUUGCUAGAUGACACUCUUGUGUCAGAAACCAACUUCAUGGUGUUCAAAUUUGUCACGAACGGUUCGUGGGAGUAUGAAGGUUAUGAGGACGAA